GUUGACAGGCACAGACAUAGCAUCAGUCUAAUAGGGGGCUGCAAAAAUAAGGGCUGGGUUAAUAGAUAAGGGAUGUUCCUAAGCAGGGAAGGGCGAUUCUUGCAGCACCAUGGGAUGACGGAGCCCCAGGAUCAAUCAAACAACAAUCACAGCCCCGGGAAACAACAAAAACCAAUCUCUGUACCAAAAGAUGUAUCAAUGGGACGCUGGACCCCGUUUCCAGCAGGUGCCGCUCCCCACCAAUAGAUGGAGCAGCCCCACAGGCACCAUAGGAGGUGGUGCACUAGGUGGUCCAGGAGGAGGAGGAGGUCGCGGAGAAGAUGGAGGAGGUGAAGAAGAGGUGAAGGACGAGAAGAGGAGGACGAAGCGGCGGAGAACAUGGAGAGGAGGAGGAGGAGGAGGAGGAGGAGGAGGAGCAGGAGGACGAGGGGAAGGAGAAGAGGAAGAGGAGGAGAAGAGGAAGAGGAAGAGGGGGAGGCUAAUGAUGAGGAGGCAGACUAGGAGGAGAAGAAGGAGAGGAGGUAGAAGAAGGAGGAGAAGGAGCCGGAGGAAGAGGAGGCGGCGGAGGCGAAAGAGGGGGGCCGGAGUAGUAGGAGGGGAAGGCGAAGGAGGAGAAGAAGAGGAGGCGGAGAGGAUGUGGAGGAGAGGACGAGGAAGUGGACGAGAGGAAGAAGAGGAGAGGAAGAAGGGGAAGUGCAGGAGAGGAAGAGGAGGAGGAGUCGAAGAAGAGGAGCCGGAGAAUAUAAGAAAAGGAGCAAGAGGCGAACGAGUGGGAGAAGCAGAGGCGAAGCCGGAGGAGGCCGAGGAUGUAGCGAGGAGAUUGAGGCGAAGGACGAGAAGAAGAGGCGGAGGAGGACAGAAAGAGGCAGAGAAAGAGAAGAAGAGGUGGAGGACAAUAAGAAGACGCGGAGAACAAACAGAAAGAGGCAGAGGACGAGAAGAAGAGGAAGAAGAGGAGGAGGCGAAGGGGGAUGAGAAGAGGAGGAGGAGGAGGAGGAGAAGAGGACCGGAAGGAGGGGAAGGAGGGGGGAGGCGGAGGAAGAGAAGAAAAGGAGCAGGCGAAGGAGGCGGUGGCGGUGGAGGAGGAGGAGGAGAACAAGACGAAGAGAAGAAGAAUUAGGAGGAGGAGAAGGAGGCGAAGGAGGAAAAGGAGGGGGCGCAGAAGGAAGAACAAGGAGAGGAGGACGGGUACUAGACGGAGGUGGAAGAAAGAAAAAUAAAGGACACGAAAAGAG